AUGCAGGCCUGGGACACGAUGGUGGUGACCCUGGCCAUGCUGAUGCCUGCCACUGUGGAUGCCAAGAUCUUCCAACGCUGCGACCUGGCAAUGAAGCUGGAGGAGGCGGGCCUCAAUGGCUUCAAGGGCUACACCAUUGGAGGCUUGCUGUGCAUGGCACACUAUGAAAGUGGCUUUGACACCUCCUUCAUGGACCACAAUCCUGAAGGCAGCAGUGCAUAUGGCAUUUUCCAGCUGAACUCCACCUGGUGGUGUGACAGUGGUGUUACACCUACCCAGAACCUCUGUCACAUGGAGUGUCAUGAACUGUUCAACCGCCAUAUUCUGGAUGACAUCAUGUGUGCCAAGCAGAUAGUGUCCUCACAAAACGGUAUGAAUACCUGGGAUUCUUGGAGCCAGCACUAUUCUGGCCAUGAUUUAUCUGAAUGGCUCAAGGGGUGUCAUAUGUAUGCAAAACCUUACACAACAGAAAUUAAUUCAUGA